CUCCACCACUUCGAAAACGGCGACAACGGAACCCCGGGAAGAGGCCGAAGAGACACCGCAGACAAAGCUUGAGUCCGAGAAGCCUGCUCCGGUUUCUUCCAGGCCACCAACACCACCAUCAUUUGGACCGGCUUACAACAAUUUCCAAGUUGACUCUUUUAAAUUGAUGGAGCUUCUUGGACCACAGAAGGUUGAUCCUGUAGAUGUAAAGCUCAUUAAGGACAAGCUCUUCGGGUAUUCUACAUUCUGGGUGACCAAAGAAGAGCCUUUUGGAGACCUUGGUGAGGGUGUUCUUUUUGUUGGGAAUUUAAGGGGGAACAGAGAAGAAGUGUUUGCCAAACUCCAAAGUCAGCUGGUUGAGGUCACUGGGGACAAGUACAACGUUUUUAUGGUGGAAGAACCUAACUCAGAAGGUCCAGACCCACAUGGAGGGCCACGUGUUAGCUUUGGCCUGCUGCAGAAAGAAGUCUCAGAACCAGGGCCAACAACACUUUGGCAAUAUGUAAUAGCUCUCUUGUUAUUCCUUAUUACAAUUGGCUCUUCUGUGGAAUUAGGAAUUGCAUCUCAGAUCAAUAGUGUUCCACCAGAGGUGGUGAAAUAUUUCACAGAUCCAAAUGCAGUUGAGGCACCAGAUAUGGAGCUGUUAUUCCCAUUUGUUGAUUCUGCUUUUCCCUUAGCAUAUGGUGUGUUGGGGGUUCUGCUAUUCCAUGUAUAUAUCAUAGACUAUGGUCUUGCAAAAAAGUAUAGCGAUCUUCAGACGCACAAGCACAUUCCAUACAGGGAAAACAAGAAUCUCACAGGAACAACUUGUUAUGCAAGUGUUAACACUCACCUUGGAGUUGAGCAAAGCAGAAGUGAUGAUUUGGAGUCUCUUGGUUAUGUGCUUAUGUAUUUUUUGAGGGGAAGUCUUCCUUGGCAGGGAUUAAAAGCAGGUACGAAAAAACAAAAAUACGACAAGAACAGUGAAAAGAAGAUGCUUACUCCCAUAGAGCAACCAAGUGGGAAACUGGUUGUAAAUCCUGGGCCAUCUGCAGAGAGAAUAAAGAGACCUUCAGAGUAA